AUGGAUGCAGAACAACGUAACGAUGCCAUUAAAGAAUUUCGGACGGGUUGCAAUCGAAUCUUGGUAAGAACAGAUAUACUUGGAGACGAUACUGAUAUUCCACAAGUCAGUCCUAUGAUCAACUAUGAUCUACCGACUAAUCGUGAGAGUUAUAUUCAUCGUAUUGGACGUAGCGGCAGAUUCGGCCGACAAGGUACCGCUAUCAAUUUCAUUACCAAUGAUGAACAACAAACAUUAAAAAAUAUUGAACAAUAUUAUAUAAUACACGAAUUGAAGAAUUGCCCAUGA